AUGAGCGAUCCCAGUAGUGGACGAGAUCCACCAGGCCCGCAGACUAAUGGUCUUACAGGUUCAGGAACCUUGAACCGGGUCAACUCCCAAUCCCAGGCUCCCCGAGACUCGGAACACACUCCACCAACUGCCAGUAUAACAUUGACCAAUAGUACUCCACCGUGUUUGCAUCGUCGCCAACCGUCUACUGCAUCCUCCACCAGUUUGGGCUAUGCCACAGGGCCCGGAUCAACCACGGCCCCAUCCUCGGCCUCGUCAGUCAGUUACGGGUACGGGUACGGCUAUUCAGGCACAGGCAGUUUGGCCAGUUACGCAAGCAGUGCCAGUAGCUCCAGUGCUCUGGGAUUUGGCCGCGUGUUUGCCGGAUCCGUGUCCGGUCCAUUUGUGCAUACGGCUGCCAUGUCAAUGCAGCCUCAAUCUUCCAUGGACUUGGCCCCGUGGUCUGAAUCACAACAAGAUGUUAAUAACACCGAUCGCAUAUCGUCCACAUCGACGCGUCAUCAUCCAGCCAGUCCGCACAUGGGCGUUGCUUCCAACCACGGCCCUGAUUCCAUUAUGACCGGUGGUACUCAGUCCGCUGUUCUAAAAGAUUCUAAUAUUGUGGAUGAAGUAACCAUGUCAACUAGUGGCACUGAGAUUGCCGUCGCUCUGGCUCCCGAUAGUCCCGUCACUCCGUCCACUUUGGUUGCUCCGCCACCUCCUUCGUCCCCUUCGUCUCCAAUGCAGAGAAAUCCACCCAAUACUAAUCGAGUGGAUGCAUCGCCACCCACUCCGCCGCCGCCACCACCACCAUCACCACCACCCAAGUCGCGAUCACCAUCACCACCGAUGCUUGACUCAAAUGACCGACCCCUCUCAGCACUAGCAUUACAACUCCGUAACGCUAUUGCUGUGCGUUCCCGUAAAACAACCGGACAAAUUAUCUCUGAUGGAAAAAACGUAGCCGUGAACUCCGCUCCACGUCACGACGUGCGUCCCACUACAACCGCAGCUGCUGCCCCACCACCACCUCCGCCGCCGCCACCUCCACCACCACCACCACCACUGAUGGGAUCAAACUUGCCAUCAUCUAGGCAAUCGGAACACCCUGGAAGAACGAAAGGACAUCAGGGCGAUUCGUUCGAGGCCCAAGGAGGCGGAUCCAAUUUACCACGCCGAGAUUCUAGUUCUACAAUGCCAAAAUCCAAUCUGGCAGUUUCUUCCAUGAUGCGCGAAAUGCAACGACGUAUACAAGCUAGACGAAAGGCCAUCGAAGCUGCCGAGGAAGCAAAUGAAGUCACCAUUGCUAAUACGGUGUUAGAUAUCUACUCCCUGUAUUCGAGUAUCAAACGAUCACCAUAUGGUCCACCAUGGGAUGGCAUGUUCGAAUCUCCCACCAUAUUUGUAAAACACCCCUGCUGA